CCUGCAUCACCUCGUAGUAUUCUAUUGGGUGACUUUAAUCACAAUAUCCACACGGAACGCUCAACCUCUCCGCAUAUGCAGGCCUGGCUACAAUGGAUCCAUACAAACUGGCACGAUCCUCACCAUUCAUCCACGCUCCAGCCAUCAUUGUCAACUUAUCGCCACAUAUCCACUAUUGACUUCAUUCUUUUCUCGUCGACAUUUGCAGCAACCGCCGGCCAAGCAGAACACCAAUAUGUCGCCCAUCGUGGUCACGCAGCAGUCGCCGCUUCGAUCGCUCCAGGGCUCCAAAUUACAGGACCUGGUCUCUGGCGUUUCAACCCCACUUUCCUUCACAAUCCACAGUUUUUAGACGACCGUAAAAGGACAGCCAAACGCCUUUAACAACAGCGCCGCAUCCUCCUACAGCAAAUCACUUCAUGAAACUAGACCACACCUAUAAGCAGAUUACCCAACAACAAUUUGGCUGAUGACUCAGUUUUGUGACCAAGCCAAUCCCCGAAGUUAACUCCUUAAUAUCAAUACUAAAAGCGACCCCAAAGUAUGCUUGUGUAAAGCAGUAAGAAAUAUCCUAUAAUUACCCCAUAGUCC